AUGGAGCCGAUUUCGAUGGAAUAUUGGUUGGCACUGCUUUAUUCGAUGUUGGCUGUAAUAGCGUUGCCCGGGAACGUUUGGGUUAUUGUGGUGGUUAUGGACCAGAUUUGCAGUCGUCGUCACUACCACUACUCCACAUUUAGACUUAAAGGAAGAGGACAAAAACGAAGUCAAAAAGCAGCAGUGCAGAGUUCAGCGACCGUCUACUUAUUAAUAUUAUCAGUUGUUGAUUUAAUAUCCAUUCUGCCAGUACCGUUUCUAGUUGUCGAUAUAUUCCGGAAUAGAUGGCCUUUUGGGCUUGUGCUUUGUAAAUUAAUGUUUUUUUGUGAAGGAGCAAACAAAUCGCUCUCGCCACUGCUACUCACGGCGCUAAGUCUGGAUCGCUACAUGGCGGUGUGCCUUCCGAUGCUUGUUUGGAUGCGACAAGCAAAAUUCGCGUGCUUUAUUCUGUUACUCUGUUUUAUUUAUUCGCUAUUUUUUAUUGUUCCGGUGAUCUGGCACAGUGAAGUGAACGGGAUGCUGGAUGCGAAACAUAAACUACAUCCGAAAUGCGUUGUCGGAAUGUCUCGACUGUUCGAUUUGCUUCAGUUAGUGUUCUGCUAUGCAGCACCAUUGCUGAUCAUUUGCUCCGUGUAUUUGGCAAUCCUUAGUCGACUCUAUCGUCAUACGCGGAAGAAUUUCGCAUCCGCGGGCAUCUCUGCUAUCCCGAACAGUAGUCGUCGUCGUCGUCCUCGAACCCGAAUCUCGUUAACUCGAGUUGUCAAGUCAUCCGUUCUAGUGGUUGCGUUUUAUUUUGUCUGCUGGACGCCUUAUUGGGUUGUCCGAUUCCUCGCCAUGCUUCAAGGUUUGUAUCCUUUCCUAUCGUUUCCUCAUAGUUCUGCGUAA